AUGCGCUACAACGAGAAGGAGCUGCAGCGGACGGACGAGGCCGAGCCCGUCGGAGCCCUGCUGCUGGAACACUGCAGAGUCACCCAGGAAGAGCCCACCGGAUUCUCCAUCAGACUUACUCUUCUCCGUUGGGGAUCCCUGAUCUCUCGGUGUUCUUCGCUGUCCUAUCACCCGUUCUCAGUGCCCGGCUUUGUGCCAGCAACGCUGGAGGAUUUUCUUGGGUCGCCUGGAGAGGGUUUCGUGGAGGACCCGGAAAGGAAGUACCACUUUGAAUGUUGCAGUGAGGAGCAGUGUCAGCAGUGGAUGGGAGCUCUGCGUCAAGCCAGCUACGAGUUCAUGCGCAGGAGCCUCAUCUUUUAUAGGAACGAGAUCCAGAAGAUGACUGGCAAGGACCCCCUGGAGCAGUUUGGCAUAUCAGAAGAGGCCCGGUUCCAGCUGAGCGGCCUGAAGGCGUGAGUCCGGAUCCGGCUCCUCAGCUUUACUCCUGAGGCUGGAAGGAACCCCGCCCUCGCCAGCCCGGGGGUUGAGCCCCGGACUUGAUCCUGGAUCCGCCUGGAUCUGCGGAGUGAGCUGUUCCGGCUCAGAGACUUUAAAAGCCUGAGGUUGCUGAGGAUGGGUGAGCACUGUGCCUUGGGACCCCCUAGACUGGGGUGGCACCUCUCAAUGCCACACGCUGCUGCCGGGGGACAAGCAUCUACUCCUAGGCGCUGUGCCCGGUCCUAUAGGUACGUCUUCCAGGGCAGCUCCUCUGCCCGAUGCAGGCUUAAUGUGCGGAGCUAGACGCUGCUGUGAAAGGAACGGGCCGCACCCCAGGCCACUGUGAAUUCCGCCACCGAGGGCGGGGUUGGCUGGCGCCUCUGGGCUGAGCUGGACCCGUUCAGCCCCGGGCCGGUGGGCUCAUUCUGUUUAAAUAAAGGUACCUCUUUUUCACACGG